AGGAACGGAAAAUUUGAAGGAUUGCAAACAAGUUAAUGAAUGUCUGAAACAAGAAUCCUUUUAAAACUCAAGUGCAAAUGAUGUGUCUUAUACUUUCCAGUAUACAGUUGGUGUAAAGCACAGUGUUAAGCUCCAUGGAAGAUGUUUAAUUCUAACAAAGCUGGCCUAGGGGAAGUCGAUAAGGCUAAUGUGAAUCGUAUCAUCGAAGAGGCAUCGCGAGGAACUCCGUUUUGGGAGCAUCAGAAACGACGAGAUGAACGGCACACAGAGCGCAUUCGGAAGACGUUGCAGAAGCUCGCAGCAGCAUCUCCAAAGGAAUUAGCAGACGCCAAGCAAUGGACUGUGUCAACUCUUCAGCGUUUAGAUGCUGCUUUCCAAAAAAGUGGAGACAAGGAGAGCCUUCGCCAUGUGGUGCAUGUCGAUAUGGAUGCUUUCUAUGCCAGCGUCGAAGAACGUGACGACCCCCGGCUCCGCGGGCUUCCAAUGGCGGUAGGGAGCACUUCAAUGCUGUCAACAUCGAACUACGUUGCACGAAAGUUUGGCGUUCGUGCUGGCCUGCCAGGAUUUAUAGCGAGGAAACUUUGUCCCCAGCUCGUUAUUGUGCCGAUUAAUCCGGACAAAUACGAGCAGGCAAGUUUCGAAGUCAUGAACAUUUUAUCCAAAUUUGAUCCCAGCCUAACUGUGUUCGGUCUGGAUGAAGCUGCCCUAGAUAUCACCGACUACUGUCAAUCGGUUUCAGAAACCGGAAUUUCACCAGAUGAGGCUGUCAAUAGGCUGCGGGCUGCGGUGCGCGAAAAGACGGGACUGACCUGUAGUGCAGGAAUUGCACCGAAUGGAUUACUCGCCAAAAUCUGUGCUGAUGUCAACAAACCUGAUGGACAGUUCCGCUUGGAUACACUGGAAAAUAUUAACAAAUUUUUAACUCCUUUGAAAGUCCGCAAAAUACCGGGGAUCGGCCAAGUGCAAGAAAAGAUCUUGUCAGCCCUUGGCAUUGAAUCAUGUGGAGACCUGCUGGAAAAUGGCGAGCGACUUUUACUUGCGCUUGGGGAACGUUCAGCUGAAGCGUAUCUCAGGGCUGCCAAGGGAAUUGGUUCCAGUUAUAGACAAGAUGAGAGAGCUUCUGGCCAUGGUCGCAGUCGAAAAUCGAAAAGUGCUGAAGCAACGUUUCAUGACACUGCAGACCCGGAAUAUCUUGCUGAUGUGGUCAGGCAAUUAUGUGUACGACUUUCGGAAGAAUUGAUUACAGCAAAUCUUCGUGGACGACUUGUGACAGUCAAGCUAAAGACGGCGUCAUUUGAUUUGUUCAGCCACUCUGUCGCACUUGAGAUUGCAACAAAUAGCGAAUCAGCGAUAACGAACCACUCUCUGCGAAUUCUCCGAUACGCACUCGAUCGGCGGAAAGGCCAGGCGCUGCGUCUGCUUGGCGUAAAAAUGUCAAAUUUUGAAGAUGAGCGCCGUGAUUCUUAUUCGACUGGACGUCAGACAACAUUGAGUCAAAUUCUGGCAAAAGACGGGUUGAUUUCUAAAACCAACAAUUCCAGUAAUGCGUAUGCUGGAGCCCGUACGAGUGAUCGUUCUAUAGACGAGGAAAAUAGCCGUUCUUCUAUCAGCGUUAUUUCGGAGUCGAAUGAAAAGCAUGGACAUAAUACCCAGCCUUCGGGGUCGGACAACAAAAUACAUUUGAAGAACAGUUCGAAAUCCACCGACGUGAUACCUUUGACAAGUCAAUCGAAUAUCAAUGAUCGGAGUAGAUGCACUGACGUUCCUAGUACAGAUGAGUGCCAAACGUAUGUUAAAUCUGGCGAAGUUGUCGAAAAUCGACCUGAAACAGUUCCUAGCCAAAGGUCUAAAUCAACCAAUACUGAAACCCUCAUCGAAGAAACCUAUUGUCCGAUUUGUGCUGUCAUCAUGCGUGGCGUAUCCGAGCGGCACGUAAAUCGGCACGUCGAUGAAUGCUUGCAGCGUGAACAGAAACACGAACGUGACAUGAAUUUUAGCUGUAAAGUUAAUUGCGCAGGAGUCCGCAGAACAAACAACAAGAAAUCCGGUUCCAAAGGUCCAACUAAGCGAAAAGGAACCGCAGACAGGACAAAAAGUCCAGCUCGAGGGGCUAAGCAACCGACUAACGGUUCUAUUACAGCGUUUCUCAAACGUUAAUUCAAAUGUUUGUAUGGAAGCGCCAAAUCUUUCAAUGAACCUAUAUCAUAUAUGUAUUUACACUAUUUGUAUAACAUUCAUAGAGUUAUACAGAGUAUAAUGUUGGCAUCUUUUAAAUAUGUACAUAUCGUGACAAGUUCAUAAUAAACUUCAAUGCACAUUGAUAAGUUUUUGAUAAAGUUGAUGAAAUUGGUAAAUUAGGUGUCAGGCGAUGCUAUGUGUGACUUACUAACCCUUUGAUAUGAUUUUGUUACAUUAACCUAUGAAAUAUUUACUAAUGCUAGCCUUACAGUGUUUACAAACGCAACUGUCCUCUAGCUGAUGAUAUCCUAAUAACCCAGAGAACUAGUGCCAUGUACUACAAACCUAGCAGUAAUGUGGCAAUGCGCUGAUCUACUCUAUUGGUCUGUUUUUGGCUGCUGUCAGUUACAGCAAGGGUUAUAAAGAACUUUUUUUUUCGUUUACUUCCCAGCUGUGGUCACUUUCUGGAAAAUAAAACGUUUGGCAGAUUUCUUUUACGAUCAAUAAGCAGCCGGGCAGCAGACACAAAAGAUUGGUUCCGUCGCGUGAAGACCGAACACGGAUCUCAUAAAUGCCGACCUGAUCUUGAUAAAAUUCGUUAGAUCUAGGCUGGUAACGUUUUUCCUGAUAAUCUAAGUUCCUGGCUAAGUGGUCAUUGGAGCAAUUCUUAGAGCCAAUAAUUUAAGAGCAUUGUCGACUAGUGCUUUGUGUGGUUGUUGAAUCAUGGCUACCGCGAUAAUUUUCUGACUCUUUUGUUAACGUGCAAUAGCAAAAAAUCUGUUGUCGUUGUUGUGGUUAAUGCGGGGUAUGUAAAAGACUUAACUGUUUCGAGAGUUUCACAGUCCACGCGAAACGAGUCACUUUCGGGAAGCCUUCCCCUCCAGAAUUUCGUGGCUUCCGCCGGCCCGUUAUCCAUUUAGAGCUCAAUGUCCACGACGUAGCCCUUCAGACUUAAUAACGCCUACUUAAGAUAAAAUCUCUUCUUGCUAUUAAUUGUCAUAAAAUACCAGUUUUAGGAAGGCGUGUCGAUGCUUGAUGUGGAGGGCUAGGGUAUUCAUCGGAAGCGAGAAAUGCAUGGGAUCAAGGUAGUCCCCUUGGUCAAGUCCAGCCGGCUGGUAACGUGUAAUCGUAAUUCAGGCGUCGUAUUAGAGUGCUCUACACGCGGCUACAGAUGCAGCUCUUUUUGUAAAUCCUCUCUAAGGUUUGUGAUUUUUCGAGUCAUCCUUGGCUUUGCUAAUUACAGCUAUCAUGCACUUUCUCCAGAUUUCUGGGGUUUUCCGUGCCGCCAACCAUGCACUAAAUAGGUUUACCCAAUAAGGUGAGAACGCUAUGGCUUUUUUAUAUGCUCAUUAAACAUCCCGUGAGAUACGCACGUUUUCUUGUUGGCAAGUUGUCUGAGACUAAGGUCGCCCUGCAGGGCUGCGAUAUUUUCGAGAUCUUCGAUUAGUCAACAUGAGUGGUAGUGUGAUACUUCGACUGAAAUCGUGUUGCUUGAGCUUAAAAUAUCAUAGAAAUGCGUUUGAAGUCUCUUCGGGUUGACGGGGUGUCGUACAACGAAGUUGCGAAGCCACAUGCGUGAGGAUUGGGCAGUAUCUUGUAGAAGUUCCAUUUCACGCUUCAUUUCGAAAUUCUGAUUCGCAUCGUUGAGUACCGAGUGAUCUUUGCGACGAAUGGUUUGGGACCGGCCAAAAGGCUAUGGCCCAGAAUAUAAAAUCUUCUUUUCGCCAACGAGCAUCCUGUAUUUCAGAAUGGCCUGGUGUCUGGACCUUUUAGGGGGGCACACACUUUAUUAAACUUCGUGCUUAGACACCUAUAAUGCGUAUUGACAUUUAGAUUUACCAUGUAACGAAAGAUAGCGCUGUCGAGUGUAAUGGCGUCUCAUUUCUCCUCCCCAACUUGUUUUUCCAACAAGUUUUUCCUCGAUGUUGAGAGUUACUUCCACUCUGACCGAUAGAUGUCGUUUCAAAAAACGAUCUUUCAUAAGAUUCCCUUUCGGCCCACCAUGCCGCAUGUCCUCCUAUUAAUAUCGGUGGCAAAUGAACUAAUUACAGGCGCUUGUACUGAUCGAAUAAAGGUUAGUCAUUUUGAGUCAAUCGUCGCCCACUAGCCGAAACCUCUCUAGACUUGCAGAGAUGCGACCAACCUUUCGUUGGUCGGCUCUACCGGUCAAGUCGCCGGCGAAUACGGUCGGCUUUCCAGUUUCUUCGGCAGCUUGUGAUACGUUUUUUUUUCUUUUUAUAUGUGCCUAUCUUCAGGUCCGAAGGCGCAACGUGGGCCUCUGGCAGUGUGCAUGGUACGACGGCUUAUGUGUCCGCCACUAUUACGCACCACUUGCCCUAUUUAGUGGUUUACGCCUAGUUAAGCUCUUCACUGCGCACGAUCACCAUAUAAAUAUUUAUUUCGAAGUUGACCGAAGUUGAGCGGCAGAUUCGCAUCGUGUUUUUCAACUGUGCGAGUGCUCAGUGUACGACCUUUUUUCUAAAGCAAAAUUUUCAAUUUGAAUUGUUGACGAAGGCUAGUAAUAUUAAUCACAGCCAUCGUCAGAUGACAUAUUUCAGGGCAUACUCGGUUUUGGAGCAACUGUGCGAUGAAUCGAGAGUGUUUCAAAUUGUUCGAUGUUGCCGAUGCUACGCCAAAGUCGCCGCCUGGUUUCGGAGAGAAACUUAGCGCUCUGCCACAACGGCUACAGAUCUCUGUUCUCCCUGGGGGGAUAAAAGUACUGAUUAUACGUAGUUGUCAAAUAAGGUGGGAUUGCUUAAUAUAUAAUGAUUGUGGUUGGUAAUAAAUUUGGUAAAAAUAUUUCUUUCAUCAGGUUUGUGAUAAAAUUCAACCGAAGACUGUAUUCGGCAAACGACUAGGUUUCGUCAAAAAAGAAAUUUUCUUCCAGACUGGUGACUGGCCGCAGUAAAAAUAAUCUAUUUGUUUUGAAUUUGCAAAAUGCAAAUUAAAAACGGAAGUCCAAUUAGACCCAUACACCCAUAGACCCAACUUUAUCCAGUAUCAAGAUUAUUUACAUGAUAGAGUAGCGUACGUUAUUUGUACUUGCAAAUCUGACUUCUACACUCCGUUAAUUAUACGUUGACAUUGUCCAGUUGCUUUAGUUUUAGUAAUAGCCAUUAAUGAUAAUCAUUACAAACAGUUCAGGGAUUGCCGCGUUGUACAUAUUUGUAGAGACGAAGAUAAAAAUUGUACUAAAAUGUAGGAGACUAGGCAAUUUUUUGUAGAAAGUUGGGUGCAUAUGCUUAGUAGUUCCUGUAUAGCUACCUCGUAUGGUGUAUAUAACGUUAGAUCGAAUAAAUAACAAUUUAAAGAAAAUUAUUAAACGAAACGAUUACGUAAAGUCU